CAUGUGAAUGCUAGAAUCAGACAUUAAUUUCUGCUCAAUUAUUUAAAUAAUCUGGAGAGCUUAAAUUUAGAUUCUUGCAAGAUUGGGGAUGAAGGCUUGUUGAGAUUGAAAGGAGAAAUUUGUGUGGCCCAUAGAAAAAACAAAUGUUGUACGAAAAAUAUGGGAUACCACAUGUAAAGAACGAUUUAAAGGAAUGAUGGAAGAAGAAAGGAGUCGGGCAAAGAAGAAUUUUGGUGUUAAUGAUAUUGCCGAAUGCAAAGGUUAUAAUGAAGGUUGGAUAAGAGUUGAUAUUUGGGAUCGAUUAAUUGACAAUGUUUGGAACACUGAAGCAUGGAAAAAUCGAUCUCAAAAAGCCAAGCAAAAUAGGAUUAUUGAAAAACAUGGAAGCAUUACCAAGCAUACUGGUGGAUCGAUUCCUUUUUUGCUUCAUGCGGAGAGGAUGGCAAAGCAAUUAAAUCGGAAACCAACAUAUGGAGAAGUGUUUAAUCGCACCCACAAACGUGCGAAGGGCCUUGGUGAUUAUAUUGAUAAUAAGUCGAAAUCCGUUAGUGAUUUGUAUACUUCUUCAAUGAGCCAGAAAUAUGGUGCCGAUGAAUCUUGUCAUCCUGAAUUUGAUCCACAACUUUGGUGUGAUGCAAUUGGUGGUAUGGAGACUACACAGACACAUGUAUAUGGCUUUGGAACUACACCACGUGGAAAGAGUUUCUUGUCUCCUACCAAUAGUAUUGGGGAAGCAUGCUCGACGGCUUGUAGUCCACAAGUUGAUCAAACUCCACAUUCUAACACCGAGUUGAUAAUCUACGAGAAGAAGUGA